AUGGAGCGCUCCUCGUCGCCCUCCCCCUCGACCCGCAACCUCAUCCGCUCGUACACGACCAGCUCGGACGAGUCGGCCGCCGAGCGCAUCGCGGCAGCACGAGCGGCGAGGGAGCGGCGACGACUCGAGCGCGACCGAGACGGGAAGAUGGACGGCGAGGUGGCGCACGAGCGCGUGACGGCGGUCGAGGUGCCGCGCGUCGAGGUCCACGAGGAGGCCGACUCGCAGGACGGCGAGUCGUCUUUCGACGGUACGGGCGGCGGCGGCGGCGGCCAAGGCGACGACGAGGUCGCCAGCACGACAAGCGGCUCGCUCGUGCCCAAGCUGCGGGUCCAGCCGUCGUCGGACCGCUCGUACACGCCGUCGGUCCCGUCGACGCCGUCCCGGUCGCAACCGUCCACCUCGCCCAACUCGUCGUCGACUGUCCCUCUUCCCCCUCACGAGUCGGCCUCGCCUGCUCGCGCACCCGCCCUCGCGCACGCCACGCCCCCUUCCCACACCUCCCCUGCAACCCCUCGCCGCCAGUCGUUCGAGGUCGCCAACAUCCCUGCCUUCCGGCCCAAGAACACGAGCCCCAUCGCGUCGCCCUCUUCCCCUUCCCCAGUCUCGACAACCCCGCCCGGCACUAUCAGCCGCCCAACCUCGCCCGCUCAUGUCGCGCUCGCCGGCGGCCUGAUGGAGCGCCUCAAAGCGCGCCGCGCGGCCAACCUCGCCGCCGCAGCGCAGCAGUCGGCGCAUCCCGCCUCGGCGCCGCCCGCAGCGAGCGAGGCCGGCUCUUCAGCGGCCUACACGCCGCUGUCCGAGGUGCUCCCGCUCCCGUCGCACGAGGCGGCGACGCCGCCGACGUCGCCGAGCCAGGAGCCCGUCGCGCUCGAGUCGCCCGACCCGGCGGCUGAACGUCGUGCGCCGGCCUGGCCCGGCUCGAGCGACGCGCACACGCCCGCGAUGGGCUCGGACGUCGAGCAGGCCGCGGUCGAGGCGCCGUACAAGGCGAGGCGCACCGUGUCGUCCAAGGUGUUCGGCCGCGACGGCGAGGAGGUCGACUUUGAGUUCACCCAGCUGUCCGACGUGCCCGAGCAGACCGAGCGCAGCACCCUGUCGAACUGGCGCGACUCGGUCCCUCAGCAUCGCCGCCACGGCUCGAUCUCUUCGGCCAGUCGUCCCGCCUCGUCCAUCUUCUCGGCGCCCGCACCGCUCCACGGCACGCUCCCGAAGCGCUUCUCGCUCGCGAGCAGCGUCAGCAGCCGCCAGCAGGCCGACGGCUCGUUCGCGCGCCCGUCGCACUCGAGGCCGCUCGUGCCCGGGUCGUCGUCAUUGUCGGCCGUUCCCGAGACGGCGAGCAGCAGCAGCGAGCACGGCUCGCGAGCUUUCGAGGCGCCCGACAAGCGUAUCGACGCGACGUCGCACAUGCUCGGCCGCAGCGGGUCGACCGGGUCGAUCUUCCCGGCGUCGAGCAUCAGCAGCGGCGCGCGCUCGUCAUCAUCGGCGUCCGACCGCUCCUUCGUCGAGUCGCGCCGUACCUCGCCUCCUGUUCGUCACCCGAGCCCGACGAGGCGAGUCUCGCCCGAGGUCGCUCGUCGUGCGGCCCAGUUCGCCCAGGUCGACGGCCCGCCGCCAAGCCCGACCAAGUCGACGUCGAGCCGCUCGAGCUCGCCCGUCAAGCGCUACGUGCCCGACCGCCAGCCUCUCCCGCCGCCACCAUCCGGCGCCCAGCUUGUCGCGACCUUCCCUUCCGCCCCGACCUCGCGCUCGCUCACGCAGCUCCCGACGGCGACCACCGACGAGCUCAAGGACCCGCUCGUCGACAUCUCGCGCAGGCGCGAGGAACGGCGUCGGGCGAUCGAGGCGUUCCAGGCGCAGCUCGCGCAGGACCCGCCGUCCCCGAUCCUGUGCGAGGGCUACCUUUUUACGCCGCAAGAGCGCGUGGACGGCCGUCACGACCCCGACUCGCUCGACGGGGCUCGUCGGUACUGCGUCCUCACCUCGGCCGGCCUCGACUUUCGCCCGACCGACCAAGAGCCCGGCUCUCGACCUCGUCGAGCGUUCGCUCUCGUCGACUGUGCCCUCGUCGACGACGAUCCGCCUGCAGAACUCGCCGCAGGCGGCCUCCGACCCUUCGUCGUCGUCCUCAAGGACGGUCGGCGGCAAGACUUUGCGUGCGAGAGCCGCGGCGAGCGCGUCAAGUGGGUUUCUGCGCUCCAAAACGCCAUCAUCUCGAGCACGCGCGACCGCCUGCGCUCCGCCAACGGCGACCGACACGGCGCGCGUUCCCUGUCGCUCGACAACCUGUCGCCGACGGCCGAGUCGACGCGCACGAUCACGCCGCCGGGCUCGCGCUUCUCGGAAUCGCGAGGGACCGUGCACAGCUUCGCCGGUCCCGCCGAGACGAGCGAGGGCAGCUCUACGCCGCCGCCCUGGUCCCCUCGCGGGCUCGGCCUGUACUCGUUCGCCGACGACAAGCGCCGGCCGCUCGUCCACCGCGAGCUGUCCGGUCGUUCGGCGUCGACGGCGUCGUCGCACCUGUCGUACUUGCCCGAGAAGCCGACCGCCGACCGCGGUCGCUACGACCGGGACCUGUUUGGCCUGUACAGCACCCGGCUGCCGACGGCCGUCGCUCGCCCGUCGUCCGAGCACUCGACGUGCAGCAGCCGCUCGCUGCCUCCUCUGCCGCCGCACAAGGACCUGUCGGGACGCGUCAAGAUCGGCCAUCAUCGUGCCCAGUCGGAGCUCCCGACCUACUCGACGCCGGUCGACCAGCCGCCGUUCCGCCCGACGCCGACCCGUCCGACCUCGAGCAGGACAUUCGGCACCUCCUCGUCGCCCUCGUCGCCCUCGUCGCCCGAGAAGCGCCUCGAGCCGUCUUCUACCGCCGACGCGACGUCGUACGUGUCUCCCGACGAGGUCGCUGCCCUCGAACGCGAGCUGCGCGAGCUCGGCGGCAAGGUCGAGUCGGCCGCGUUCCCUAAGAUCAAGCGAGACGAGCGCUACAAGCGCGUGCAAGAGCGACUCGAGACGCUGCAGCGCCGGCUCACGAGCACCUCGACGGUCCAGAGCGCGACUACCUCGACCGACAAGGCGAGGGAGCUCGAUUUGGCCGAGAAGGUCGACUACCUUCUGCACGUCGUCAACACCACGAUGCUCGACAAGAAGGCGCUCCACCCUGUCGAUCCACAAGGCGAGGAGGUCAUGAUGUCGCGCGUCGAGGCCCGGAUCCGCGACCUUCUCGCCAACCUCGACAAGCCGACGCCCAUCUCCCGCUCGCCCAGCUCGUCCUCGUCGCCAUCUACGAUCAGGGCUCGCGCCGAGCCCGACAACUACACCGUCACGACCCGGGCCGGCAUCCACUCGCCGAGCGAGCACCGAGAGUGGCAGCGCGACCUCGAGCGGUUCAAGAACGAUGCUGCCGUCCCGUAUCCGCCGAGCGCCUCGUCGGUCGCGUCGCCCAACACGGUCCUGCGCGAGCGCGAGCGCGCGAGCCGCAAGCUCCAGAACCUGUCGCCGCUCUCGCCCAACACGCUCGAGCCGUACGGGAGCGCCGGGUCCUUCUUCGGCGGUCAUGGCGGCGGCAUACCGGCCGCACGACCGCGCGACCCGUUCGCCGGGAGCGGCGUCGUCGAGUCGACCGAGUCGGGUGCAGCGAGGCAGGCGCCUCAGCAGUCGCACCAGCAGCUCGUACCGUCUCAGCCGUCAGUCCGGUCGCGAGGCAAGUGGGGCGGUACCGCAAGCGCGCAGUCGGUCGUCUCGUGGGCAGAGAGCGACGUCGGCAAGGUUGAGCAGGCCCUGUUCCGCAUCCUCGACGGGUUCGAGCGUCAAGACGGCGCACUCGCCGAGAACCAGCACCACCAGGAGCGCAUCGCCCACGUCGUCGGCGAGCUCGCCAAGUGGGUCGCCGAGGACCGCUCGCUGCGCGACGCCCAGUUCAACGAGCUCAUCGGCGCCGUCCACGGCGUCGUCGACCACGUCGCCGAGCUGCCGCAGCGCAUGCUCGCCUCACUCGGCGCCGCCGAGGCGGCAGCAGACGUGCAACGCGCGCAGCCGACCGUCGAUCACGCGCAUGACGGCUCGGACGAGCCGAACGGGCUCGCGGACCCUGUCGAGACCGCCGUCGUCGCCGAGGACGCGCUCGUGCAAGACGGCUCGCCCAAGAAGCGCACGAUCGGGCUCAAUCCGCUCAGCUCGUUCGCGCAGCUCGACCGCAAGAUGGCCAACGGCGACACGGCGGGCGUCGGCGGGCGCGUCAAGGGUCCUCGCAUGCCGGGCAUCCGACUUUGGGGUGCGCCUGAACCUGUCGCCGACCGCGUCAACCGCUGGGGCGGCGGCGCCGUCGCAGCCAAGGCGUCGGCGGACGAGCUCGCAGCCGAGGCGGUUCUCUCGGCCGACGCCGAGGCGGCGUGCGCUCCUCAUGGGCCUGUCGUCGAUGCGCUCAAGGGCGACGAGAAGCUCGGGCGGGCGCUGCAGGCGAUCGCCGACGGGAGCGGCGACGAGGUCGAUGCCGGGGCCGUCUCUCUCGCCGUGUUCGAGAUCCUCCAGACGUUGCGCGACCUCUCGAGCAAGCAGGCUCUGCAGGAGGCGCGAGAGCAGGCCGAGCGCGACAAGCACGGCGGGCUCACGCUCAAGGAGAUGGCCGAGCUCGAGGCCAAACGCGGCGAGAUCUUCCGGCUCGAGCAGGAGACGGUCAUGAACUCGGAGCGCACCGCCAAGAUCAACGAGAUGGUCGCCGCACUCGCCGCCAAGACCGAGAAGGCCGACAUGCUCCUCGCCCAGAUCGCCAAGAACGUCGAGGAGGGCAAGACGACGACGAUGGACCCGGCGCUCUCGGACGAGGUCAAGCGGCUGCUCGGCGGUGUGCGCUCGGGCGUCGACGAGCAUGUCAAGGACUUUCGAGGUCAGCUCACGAGCGAGGUACAGCGCAUGUUCAAGGAGGUCGGCAAGCUUCGCGACGAGAAGAAGAUGCUGCAGACCGACAUUGCCGAGCUCAUGGCGUUUGCGGCUAAGCAAGGAGGAGGCUCGACCGGCAAGGCCGCCGCCCCUGCUCCUCCUCCUCCCGCCGUCGCUCCUUCCGUCGACCUUCCCAAGCCCGGCCUGCCCUCGAGCGGCUUCUUUGGUCCUCGCGCGAUGAAGUAGACGUAUCCGAGACUGGAACAUGAGUCUGUGUCUGU